GUCACUGUUCUUCGGUCCGCGAAGAUGGUGUUUCUCAAGGGCCUCGUAGCGGCUGCUUGCGCUACCGCCGUGCUUGCUGCUGAUAUUAUUGUGCACUCGUCUGGAGGCAACAAGACUGGCAAGUAUGGGCACGACUAUGGCUAUGGCUUCCUCCACGAGGACAUUAAUAACUCGGGUGAUGGUGGCAUUUACGCCGAAUUGAUUCAAAAUCGUGCUUUUCAAUUCAGCAAGAAUUACAGCGUGUCCACCGCGCACUACUUCCCUAUCAACAAUGCUAAGCUCAGCAUUGAGAUGUUGGAUGAGCCACUGUCGGAGCAGCUCCCAGCCUCGAUGCGUGUCUCGGCUGGCAAUGGAACUGUCGGCUCUGGAAAGAUUGGUUUCAAGAAUGAAGGGUACUGGGGAAUGGACGUCCGCGUACAAACUUACACUGGGUCUUUCUGGGUCAAGGGUGCUUAUGACGGUGUCUUCACGGCAUCUCUAGACUCCAACCUGACUGACGAGCACUUUGGCUCCGUCGAAAUUCCGUCCAAGUGUGUUGCAGAUGACUGGACGGAGCAUACCUUUGAGCUUAUCCCCGAAAAGGCUGCGCCAAACUCCAACAACACCUUCUCCAUCACUUUCGAUUCUUCCAAAGCCAACUCACUCGACUUCAACCUCAUCUCCCUGUUCCCACCGACUUACAAGGGCCGCAAGAAUGGUCUUCGUAUCGAUAUUGCUGAGGCUCUUGCGGACAUGAACCCUCACUUCCUUCGUUUCCCCGGUGGCAACAUGCUCGAGGGUCUUAGAAACGACUCAUGGUGGGACUGGAAAAACACUCUCGGCCCUCUGCGUUACCGUCCCGGUUUCCAGGGUGUUUGGGGUUACCAGCAGACGAACGGUCUUGGUAUCAUGGAGUACCUCCAGUGGGCUGAGGACAUGGGUCUUGAGAUUGUUGUGGGCCUCUGGGCCGGCCUCGCCCUUGACGGCGGCACCACUCCCCAGAAAGACCUCCAGCCUUUCAUUGAUGACGCGCUCAAUGAGAUUGAGUUCAUCACUGGACCCGCCAACUCCACGUGGGGUGCUCGCCGCGCCGAGCUUGGCCAUCCCGAACCUUUCGAGCUCAACUACGUAGAGGUUGGUAACGAGGACUGGCUUGCUGGCUUCCCCGGCGGUUGGGAGUCUUACCGCGCCUACCGUUUCCCCAUGUUCUACAACGCCAUCCGCAAGGCUUACCCUCAUAUCACCGUCAUAUCUUCUGCUGCCAGCAGCGACCCAGGCGGUACCCCCCCGCUUUCAGGUCCUAACCACAAGAACGGCCAGAUUCUUCCCUUUGACGCACUCGGUGACUACCACCCCUACCGCGAACCUGAUGAUCUCGUUGCAGAAUUUGACCGUUUCGACAACGACAUUGGCCACAUUGUCGGCGAAGUCGCUGCCACUCAUGUCAACGGCGGUAUCCGCUGGAAGGGUUCCCUAAACCCCUACCCGUGGUGGAUUGGUGCCGUUGGUGAAGCUGUUUCACUCAUUGGCUACGAGCGCAACUCGGAUCGCAUCCCUGGUACCUUUUACGCUCCUGUGUUGAAAAACAACAACCGCUUCCAAUGGCCCAUCACCCUGAUCCAGUUCGACGCAGACCCCAAGCGCACCACCAAGGCAGUUACCUGGUAUUGCUGGAGCUUGUUCGCCCACCACCCCAUUUCCCACACUCUGCCCACGCACUCCAACACGUCCUUCGGUCCGGUCUACUGGGGUGCUGGCAUCGACCAGAAUCGCGAUGGCGCCAUGGUCUGGAAGGGUGCCGCGUACAAUACCACCAACGGUGCCGAUGUUCCCGUAAGCGUCCACUUCCAGGGCAUUGGACCCGGUGCCAAGGCCAACUUGACGGUCCUGACCAACUCGGCCGGCGACCCAUAUGCUUACAACGACCCUUUUACUGGCAUCAACAUUGUCAGGACGACUAAUGAAAUCGUCACGGCCGGAAGCGACGGUGCUUUCCACUUCAACAUGCCUCAGCUUAGUGUUGCGGUGUUGGAUACCGAUGUUGGAAACAGCACUGCUCAUUACCGCAGACGCUUGCUGUAA